AUGUGGUUAAUAAAAGUUUCUUUAUCCAAGACUAACGAUGAUUUCCCAUCUGACAUUUCGUUCUGGAUAAAGAUUCAUGGUCUCCCCCUUCACUAUUGGACCGACGGAGCUCUUCACGCUAUUGGAUCGGAUCUUGGAGUGGUGGAAACUAAAGACGUCGACCAAGGGAGAGUUAGAGUCCGUAUCAAUGGUUUGAAACCACUUGAGAUGCAACUGGACAUCACACUCCCUUCUAGUGGAACAAAGAAAGUCGAACUCCAUUAUGAAAAAUUAGAAAAACAUUGUUUCUUAUGUCAUUCCCUCUCUCAUGAGGAAUCUGAGUGCUCCCAAAGAAAUGCCCCAGCUGUGAAUCGAACCUCAAGCAGAGGAAUCAACCACGCCCAAACCAUUGAGAGCCUUGAAUCCUAUCGAAGGGCUAGAGAUGACAGGAAAAUAGAAAGAGGCAGAUUUGUUGAAGCCUCGCGCAGGGAAGCGGAUUACCACCGUCGAAGAUCUGAUAUCCACUAG